GAAGCUGCCCCAGCCUGAGCCACUCCCUGUGCCUCUGGACCUCAAGUCCUCCUCCCCUAUGCUCCAUUCAAAGUCUUGAGGGCCGGAUGGGAGACGCGUCCAAACUCAUCCAGACUAGUCAAACUUAAAACAAUACAGCGGGGAAGGGGUUCCACUACAGACCUGACUAUAUACCCCGGGGAUUCUUACGGAUUAAUACGAGGCGUACAUUUCUGAUACAAAAAAAGGGGGGGAGACGAAGCUGCCAACAUGGAGGUGAAGACUUCACUCCUAGAUAACAUGAUCGGGGUCGGCGACAUGGUUCUCCUCGAGCCGCUGACGGAGGACUCCUUCAUCGAGAACCUCAGGAACCGCUUCGAUCACAACGAGAUCUAUACGUACAUCGGCAGCGUGGUGAUCUCUAUGAACCCCUACCGGUCCCUGCCCAUCUUCACACCGGAGAAGGUGGAGGAGUACCGCAACAGGAACUUUUACGAGCUCAGUCCACACAUCUACGCUCUGGCAGAUGAGGCCUACCGCUCGCUUAGGGACCAGGAUAAGGACCAGUGCAUCCUCAUCACCGGGGAGAGUGGUGCUGGGAAGACUGAGGCCAGUAAGCUGGUGAUGUCCUACGUGGCGGCGGUGUGUGGGAAGGGCCAGGAGGUGAACAAGGUUAAAGAACAGCUGCUGCAGUCCAACCCCGUGCUGGAGGCCUUUGGAAAUGCGAAAACUGUGAGGAACGACAACUCCUCCAGAUUUGGGAAAUACAUGGACAUCGAGUUUGACUUCAAAGGAGAUCCCGUGGGAGGAGUUAUUAGUAACUAUCUGCUGGAGAAGUCACGGGUGGUGAAGCAGCCGAGAGGGGAGAGGAACUUCCACAUCUUCUACCAGCUCCUGUCUGGAGCCUCCGACGACACACUCAGAAAGCUGAAGCUCGACCGAGACUUCAGCAAGUACAACUACCUGAGUCUGGACUCGGCCAACGUCAACGGUCUGGAUGACGCAGCCAACUUCCGCACAGUCAGGAAUGCCAUGCAGAUCGUGGGGUUCAUGGAGGACGAGGUGCAGUCGGUGCUGGAGCUGGUGGCGGCUGUGCUGAAGCUGGGAAACAUUGAGUUCAAACCGGAGUCCCGCAGCAACGGCUACGACGAGAGCCGCGUCAAAGACAAGAACGACCUGAAGGAGAUGUGUGAGCUGCUGGGGAUCGAGCAGUCGGUGCUGGAGCGCGCCUUCAGCUACCGCACCGUGGAGGCUAAGCUGGAGAAGGUCUCCACCACCCUCAACGUGUCCCAGGCCUACUACGCCCGCGACGCGCUCGCCAAGAACCUGUACAGCCGCCUGUUCAGCUGGCUGGUCACCCGGAUCAACGAGAGCAUUAAGGCCCAAUCCAAAACCCGCCACAAGGUGAUGGGCGUUCUCGACAUCUACGGCUUCGAGAUAUUCGAGGACAACAGCUUUGAGCAGUUCAUCAUCAACUACUGCAACGAGAAGCUGCAGCAGAUCUUCAUCGAGCUGACCCUGCGCGAGGAGCAGGAGGAGUACAUCCGCGAGGACAUCGAGUGGACCAACAUCGAGUACUUCAACAACGCCGUCAUCUGCGACCUCAUUGAAAACAACCAGAACGGCAUCCUGGCCAUGCUGGACGAGGAGUGCCUGCGCCCCGGGACUGUCACGGACAUCACCUUCCUGGACAAGCUGAACACGGUGUGCGCAGAGCACCAGCACUUUGAAAGCCGCCUCAGCAAGAACUCCAAGUUCCUGACGGACCACAGUCUGCCCCACAGCUGCUUCCGUAUCCAGCACUACGCCGGCAAGGUUCUGUACCGCGUGGAGGGCUUCAUGGACAAGAACAACGACCUGCUGUACCGCGAUCUGUCCCAGGCCAUGUACAAGGCAAACCACAAACUCAUCAAGCAGCUCUUCCCCGAGGGCAACCCCGCCAAGGUCAACCUGAAGAGGCCGCCCACCGCCGGCUUCCAGUUCAAGCACUCGGUGGGCACCCUGAUGAGGAACCUGCAGACCAAGAACCCCAACUACAUCAGGUGCGUGAAGCCCAAUGACAAGAAGGCGCCCCGUAUCUUCACGGACUCCCUGGUGCGCCACCAGGUGGCCUACCUGGGCCUGAUGGAGAACGUGCGCGUGAGGCGGGCCGGCUACGCCUACCGCCAGGCCUACGAGCCCUGCCUGGAGCGCUACAAGAUGCUCUGCAAGCAGACCUGGCCCCACUGGAAGGGCCCCACAAGGGAGGGCGUGGAGGUGCUCAUGGCAGAUCUCCAGGUCUCAACGGAAGAAUUUGCCUACGGCAACUCAAAGAUAUUCAUCAGGAACCCCAGAACGCUCUUCUCCCUGGAGGAGAAGCGCCGCGGCUGCCUGGAGAACCUGGCCGCCCUCAUCCAGAAGAUCUACCGCGGCUGGAAGUGCCGCACGCACUUCCUGCUCCUCAAGCACAGCCAGGUGGUGGUGGCCGCGUGGUACCGCCGAUACGCGCAACAGAAGAAGUACACGCAGAUCAAGAGCGCCACCAUCAUGGUGCAGUCGUACUCCAGAGGGUGGAAGGCGCGCAAGAUCCUGCGGGAGCUGAAGCACCAGAAGCGGUGCGAGGAGGCGGCCACGACCAUCGCCGCCUACUGGCACGGCACCCAGGCUCGCAUGGAGCUGAGACGGCUGAAGUAUGUCGCGGCGAGUACGCGGGCUGUGGCGCUCAUUUGGGCUUACUGGCAGGGCACCAAGGCCCGACGAGAGCUGCGUCGGCUGAAGGAGGAGGCCAGGAAUAAGCACGCCGUGUCGGUCAUUUGGGCCGGCUGGCAGGGCACCAAGGCGCGCAGGGAGCUGAAGAGGCUAAAGAAGGAAGCGAGGCGUAGGCACGCCGUGGCCGUCAUCUGGGCCUACUGGCUGGGACUCAAGGUCCGUCGGGAGUACAGGAAGUUCUUCAGAGCCAACGCGGGCAGAAAGAUUUACAGCUUCAUCAUGCAGAGACUCAUGCAGAAGUACUUCCUGGGCCUGAAGCGUGAUCUGCCCUCCAUGUCGCCCAUCGGCGGGAGCUGGCCCACCCGGCCCUACCGCUUCCUGGACACGGCCCACACGGAGCUCCGCAGCAUCUUCCACCACUGGAGGUGCAAGAAGUAUAGGAGCCGGUUCACGGACGAGAGAAAGGCAGUGUUCGAGGAGAAGCUGCAGGCCAGCGAGAUCUUCAAGGAUAAGAAGGCUCUGUACCCGAGCAGCGUGGGGCAGCCUUUCAGGGGGGACUACCUGGAGAUCAGCAAGAACCCCAAGUACCAGAAGCUGAGCAGCGCCAUGGACGAGAAGGUCCUGCUGGCCGACGUGGUCAACAAGAUAAACCGGGCCAACGGCAAGGGCACCGCUCGCAUCUUCCUGCUUACCAAGAACAACUUUGUGCUGGCGGACCAGAAGACGGGCCAGGUGAAGGCCAGCGUGCCGCUGCCCGACCUCGCCAGCAUCUCCGUCAGCACGCAGAACGACGGCUUCUUCGCGCUCAAACUCAAAGAGGGUUCUGCCGGGGCGACCAAAGGGGACUUCCUACUGAGCAGCGAGCACCUGAUUGAGAUCAUCACCAAGCUGCGUCGCACGGGCGCCACGGCCGUGAACCACGAUCACCUGGACAUAGACAUCUCUGAUGAGUUCCUGGUGCAGUUCAAGCAGGACAAGGUGUGUGUCAAAUUUGUGCAGGGAGCGCCGAAGAACGGCAAUGGCGCGUCCUGCAAGCGCAAGAACAACCGUCUGCUGGAGGUGUCUGUUCCCUCGACGGCGUAACCACGCUGCCACACCCUCCCUCCAAUGCCCCCCCCCCUCCAAUCCCCCUCCCCCCCUCCACCCCCUCCACCCCCCCCCCCCCCCCCUCCCUCUACUCCCGACUCCCAAAUGACUGUGCAAUUAUUCAACUGAUUGUGAUUAUUGUUUUUUUAUUUGUUUCUUUCAUAGCCGUCGUCGUUAUUAUUCGGCACCUGAUCAUGUUCAUCAAGACACCGCUUUUCUGGUGAGGAGAGCCCUCUUCUACUGGGCUGCAUGCCAAGAAAAGGUGUUAACGGGGAAAUAUUGUAUGAUCGUAGUGUUGUGUUUCGUCGAAAAGACAAACUUUACUGUCUGAUGUGGCGACGGUGGUGUGAUUCAACGAUGUAGAUGAUCACUUUUGAUUAUUUUGCCUGUAAGUUGUACCAUUCUUUAGAUGUCUCUGGGGUUGUUGACGUGUGUAUGACGAUUUGAGCGAAGCGCUACAGCCCUGACUGGCUUUGGCUAAUCUGUGAUCUGACCGAGUCAAAAAUAAGAAGAAAUUAGAGAUUUACAAAGAGCUUUUCAAACUGGGAUUUAAGAUUGGUUUUCUGAUAGACUUAUUGUUUGCACUUAUAUUCUUUAUGGUUUGAAUAGGAAAAGAAAAGAGAAAUUAAGACGAUUUGGAUAGGGUUUUGAUUGUUUUUCCAGAUAAUUGAUAUUGUCCAUUCCACUUAAAAGCCAAUUAUUGACAAAUUUGAUUUGCCAAGCAAAAAAAAAAACUUUUGUAUUCCUUAACUCCUUUGUGCCAUUCAAUGGAUCUGUUUUUAUCCGGUGGACAUUUCUCUAGUGCUGACCUAGAGUCCAAUAUAGGCAUUGAGUUAGUGUUUAUGUUAAUAAUGAUGCCAAAAAGUUAGAAUAGAUGAAGGGGGCAUAAUUAUAUGCUGCACGUUAAAUACAUUGGUUUUCUCUUUGAUUUGCUUUACAGCACAAUGACCAAUGCCAGGAUCCAUACCGUUUUGUGCAGUUGUAAAAAUCUCAUCCAAUGCUCCCAUCUAAUUAAAUGGGGUGCUUUGUCAUGGCAGGUGCUAUCAUAGACCAGUACAACACAACUCCGUCAACAUCUGUCUCAUCCCAAAUCCAAAUCAAUGUAUAAAGUAACAAGAAUCUUGCAGGUGAAAUCACAUUUCCUAAGAUCCCAAAACAUUGUUGGGGUUAUUUUGUGGAACCACAAAAAAGACUCCCACCCAAGGGAAGAAAAUAUGACAUUCUGAAGUAUUGUGCUUACACAGUGACACAGCAUGGAAAAACAAGCCAAAACUUUGAGGAAAAAGCCAAAAAAACACCUGAAAUCGUCAGUAGAAUUGAAUCGUGCUGUGUACAUAGUUCGGUCCCUGGCUGUACCAUAACCUGUACAUAGCUCUUUUAGCUGCAGCCAUGGCAUGGGAGGACACUCUGCACUAGAGCGUCCUAGUUUCUUAUUGCUGUGCUGGUGGAGUUGCUAUUGUUGUUGCCAUUGCAAUUGGGGGUUAUUUUUUCCAUUGUAGUGCAUGACCCACUCUUGGCUAAUGGGCCUUAUAAAUGCAAUGUGUAUCCUGGCAAACGGAAGAAACAAAAGUCAGGAUAUUGAGUGUGACUAGCCGAUGCUUAUAGCCUGGUACAAACGUGGUGUUGCUACCUAUUUUGUUUCGUACCGAUGAACAGCGAGUAAGUGCGUUUAUAGUUUUGAAGUAUAUUUAAUAUGAUGAUCUUCACGCGGACGUUUUCGGCGGAGGGUAAUGUACGGACCAUAUUUUUGUCCUAUAAGGUGCCUGCUGGGGGGCGGGGAAAGCACUACCCACCGGUGUCUAUCGGGAUACCCUCUCUUAAACGAUGAUGGUUUAAGUAUAAAUAUAUAUGUUUUUACGUGGUUUUUGUAAUGCCUCAGAAAACACAAGCUGGGAAGGAGGGGAGUGGGGAUCCUGUCGCUGGUCUUCCUUCUCGGGGCAGGAUGGGUUGUAGUGGACGGCGGUCUCCAUUGUGUCUUCGCUGAGGUUUAUUCUCCUCUCGCUCUCUGGUGUGUUUACUGUAUGACGGAAGGAUGGAUAGAAAGGAUGUAUUCAUUCAUGUUGUGUGCCUAAUUACCUGCGCUGAGAUCAACAUGGACAUGUUUCAAUGGAACUCAAUGUAUCACAUUUACUAUUAAUCUUUUUUUAAAUUAAAUAAGCAAUGAUAAUUAAUAA